CUCCCGCAGUGGUGGUCUCCCUCUGGGUGGUCUGCGGCAGGUGGCGCCCGAACAGGGACUUGAAGGACAGGAUGCCGACUCCCCCAUCUGGAUCCCAGAUCGCCUUAUCCGACCUGCAAAGGGAAAAGAGAAGGCGCAAGCACCGCUGGAGAAAGCAGCAGAGGAAACUGAUGACGGACAUGAAAAAGAUGAAGCUCAGUGGCGAAAAACCGAAAGUGACUUGGUCGCAGAUUCGACUUCUGACUCAGAACGCAAAGGAACUUUUAAUUAAACAGGGGAAACCCCUUACAGCUUCUUUUUAUUUCCUUGCCUUUCUAGCUUUAAUUUCCACCCCACUGCCGGUCACUCAGGGAAUUUCCUACUGGGCGUAUGUCCCUAAUCCCCCGAUUAUUCAGCCUGUAGGAUGGUUAGAUCGGGAGCCUAUCAAGGUGUUAACCAAUGACUCAGUCAGAUUGGGUGGAGCACAGGAUUCUGACGCUCGUAGCAGCUCCUCCUCCUUAAUAAAUUUUGAGGGCAGAGCAGAUUCGCUCCCAAUCUGCCUGACGCUGCAGGGGAAGGUGCCUUACGGCUGCUUUCCGACAUCUUACAGGACCUUCCUGACUGACAGCCCAGACAGGACAAACAUUGGUAAGAGAUGGAUGUGGGAGCUCCAGAUACAGACUUUAGGAAAUCAAUUGUAUAAGGAUAAUUUUACUCAAGUCAAUCUCAUUCCUAUCACCCCCUGUAUUCAAAAGUACCGGGAUAAAGAUCAAUUUUGGGAUUCUUCUCUGUCCAAAUUCCCAACAUGGUUGACUUGCGGUUUUCCAAAUGCAGCUACAAGGUAUAAACCACAGGGGUCGUCAGGAUCCCUCAGGAUAUGGGAUUACUCUAAUUCUAAUGAUAAGGAGGACACUUAUAAGAGUUAUCUAAAUACUCAUAAGGAAAAAUUUCAUAAUUAUGUUUUUGAAAGACAUGGAGAGCCUCUUAGGAGAUGGUUCUCUCCAGGCUUUGUAAAACCUACAUGGUUUGCAAAACAAGGCAACAUUACUAGGAGACAUUCUGGUUUGUUUAGGCUUGUUGCAGCUUCCAACAUGAUGCUAGAAAAAAGACCUAACCAUACUCAAUCAGAGGCCGUUGGCCUUAGAGCCUGUGUGUCUUACCCUAAUGCCAUGCUCUUAGCACAAUCUUCCUUUAUUAAUAUUACUCAGGAUGGUAAUUCUUUUCAAAUAAUAUGUAAUUCUUGUAAAUUGACUAAUUGUAUCACUUCCGCGGAGCCAAAAGAUCUAGGGACGGUUCUCAUAGUCCGGCGACCUCCAUUUGUCAUGUUGCCUGUAGAGUUGGGCCCUGAACCUUGGUAUGACAAUUCGGCCUUGCAAGUUUUAAAUACUUUAAAAGAUUUGAUUCGUCCAAAACGGUUUGUUGCUGCUUUGAUUCUAGGUAUUACUGCUCUAAUUUCGAUUAUUACUACCUUUGCUGUUGCAACAACCACAUUAGUUCAGGAAAUUCAUACAGCUCAUUAUGUCAAUACUCUUAAUAAGAAUAUUACUAUGGCUUUACUUGAGCAAGAAGCUAUAGAUAAAAAAUUAGAGUCUAAGAUCAAUGUUUUGGAAGAAGUGGUUUUGGCCCUAGGACAGGACAUUUCCAACCUCAAAACCACAAUGUCUGCUCGCUGCCAUGGUAACUUCAAAUCCAUCUGUGUUACCCCAUUGCCUUAUAAUGCUUCCCAGCCUUGGGAGAAGGUUAAGGCUCAUUUGCAGGGAAUCUGGCAUGAUACAGAUAUUACCCAUGAUCUGGCCUCUUUACAGAAAGAUAUUUCGGCUAUGAGUCAGGCUCAUUUGCAAAUAGGCAGAUUACAAGAUCUAGCUACAGAAAUAAAAAAAAGGAAUUAAGGAUAUGAACCCCAUAGAUUGGCUACAAUAUUUCAUUUUUAUUGGAGUGCUCAUUUUACUGGUAGUGCUUGUUGUUUUUCUUUUUCCUUGUCUUAUUAACUGUCUCUAUACUUCUGUGAAGACAGUGCAACAGGACGUGUUUGAGCUUCAUUUUAAAAACAGAAAAGGAGGAACUGCUACGCCUACAGCUGUGAC